CCCACUACGCCACACAACAUCCCGUCACAGCUUUGCCCCGCCCCUGGUUUUCGCCAGGUGGUCUCUCAGCUCCAUCCUCGCAAUGGUCCUCAGAUGCACCUCAUCGGGCCCGUCGGCGAGUCGAAUGGUGCGUGCCUGGGCCCACAUGUACGCCAGCGGCGUUGUGUCCGACACACCAGCCGCACCAAACAGCUGGAUGCAAUCGUCAAUCACCUGCGAAGGGGCAAAAAGGCGUAUGUACGUGUGUGAGGCUGUGUGCGUUGUUGACCUUGGUGGCGGCUUGCGGCGUGGCGACUUUUGCCAUAGCGAGGGCCUUGAAGAGAGGUCGCUUUGACGGCAGUUUCCCUGCGGCCGCCUCGUCCAGAAGGUGGGCCGCAGAGUAACACAGACACCGAGCCUGAUGGAUGGAUGGAUGGAUCAACCGACAGACAUAUAUACCCACAGUGCGCGGCCCACUGACCUGCUCGAUGAGUAUUCUUGAGUGUGCGAGUGUGGCCUGCACGGAGCUCUGCUCGGCCAGGGGACGGCCGAAGGGUCGUCUCUCUACCACACGCUGAACACAGCACACCACACCACACCACACCACACAUACACGCAUGCAGUUGCAGCCAGUGGUGGCCUCUCUCUCUCACAGACACACCUGUUUGGUGACAGCGAUGGCCCGCUCCGCAGCGCCGAGCAGCCUCAGGCAGUGGUGCAGCCUCCCGCCACCCAACCGGCCCUGGAUGAUCUGGAACCCACGGCCAACCCCACCCACCACACUCUCAUCUAUCGGCACCUGCACGUUCUCGAAACGCAUCUCGGCAUGACCUACACACACAACAAAAGGGAGGCAACACACACGGGCCAGGUUGCUUCUUCUUGUGUGUGUGUGUGUGUGUGUGUCCCCGUCCCUCCCUCCCUCCGUCCCCGUCCCUCCCUCCCUCCCUCCCCACUGACCAUGAGGGGCGUCGUCAUAUCCGAAGACGGUGUGGGGUCUGAGCACUUUCACCCCUGGUGUGUCCAUGGGCACUAGCACCACUGUGUGUGAGGCGUGGGGGUCGACCUUGGCUGAUUUUGCUGCUGGUGCGGCUGGUGUGCUUUGGUGUCGGCCCAGGACGAUAGCGACCUUGCAGCGGGGGUCGGAUGCGCCACUGAUGUACCACUUGUGGCCGGUCACUGACACUGUGCGGCCAUCAUCCUGACAGACACAACAGACGUGACACACACUAUGAUACGGUGGGCUGUCUGUCUGUCUGUCUGCUUACAUUGGUGGCGAUCUGUGUAUGUAUGUUGGUUGCAUCCGAUGAGGCCGUGUGGGGCUCAGUCAUCGCAAAGCAGGACCUAUGUGAGCAUAUGGGGUAACUAACACAUUCAUCCCUAUAUGUGUUGCCUUGCCGCGUUUCUGACCUGAUCUGCCCUCUUGCCAGUGGUCUGAGCCACUUGUCCUUUUGCUGUGCGGAUCCGAACUUGAGCAGCACCUCCAUGUUGCCCGUGUCGGGCGCCGAGCAGUUGAACACCUCUGGCGCAAACGCACACCAGCCCGUCAGCUGCAGUGUGUGCAGCGAGUGGCAACAUGCAUACAGACAUCCACACGGGCCAGCCAGACGCCUUGCGUUUUGUCUGUCUGUCUGUCUCUUUGUGUAUCUAUCACCUCACCUCGCACACGGGAGCAUACUCGAGGUGUGUGAGGGCAGCACCGCCCCAGGAGCCCUGCGUGUGAGGUGGACGAAUGAAUGGGAGCAAGGUGCAUUCACAAUCAAACAUGGUGCGUUUGUGAGUGAGUGUGUCUCACAGAUGGGUCCAUGUCCUUGGUCAGGAAGAAAUUGAAGAGGUCUGAAAGACAGACACGAAGAGAGGGAGGCACGCAGGCAGGCAGAGGGGCAAUGCCGAGAGCGAUAUCGCUUCGCCGGUGUUUAUCUUUCUACUUACCCUGGUGGAGUGCAUCCUUCUUGAGCUCUUCCAUGAGGGGAUGCACCUCACGCCACCGCCUCUCAGACGUCAUGUGCUCAUACAGCACACCCCUGCACCCGCCAGACCCAUCACAUCGACACAGCAUAUGCCACCUCCUCCCCUAUAUUCUUGUAUAUCGCCUGCCUGCCUGCCUGCCUGUCUCCCUACUAACUCUGCAGGCAAGAUGCGUUGAGCGAUGAAGGUCCUGACUGCGGCGUGCAGCCGCCUGACCCUCUCACCCCAUGGUCGCCCCAUCAGCGAUGGCAGCUCCACCGACGUGAGAGAGCUGGUGGGGGUGGGGUACGAUAUGGGCGCCAGGCCGUCACUCGCUGCUAAUGUGUCAGCGGCGUGUGGCUCUCCUUGUUGUCCCAGGAGCUGCGAUGCGGUGCUGGAGAGGCCUUCGACGAUUUCCUGGACGCACCGAGCACGAAGGAGGAGGACAAUCAUCCGUCCAUCGUCGCCCUGGGUUGUGUUGUUUUUGUUAUGUAUCGGCUGUCUGUUUGUCUGUUUGACCUUCAUGCGUUCAGGUCCUAUCCUCACAGCGACGUCCGAAGAGGCGUUGCCCAGCACCGUCCGCUUACGAAUGCCUGCAGGGCAUGGCAUGCAUUGCCCGCCACCCACACACACCCACACCCACACAAUCGUCGGUGGUCGUCUGGCCUGGCUGUGCUAUGCAAUACGAAUGUGCGUCAUAUCUUUUCUCUCUCUCUGCGGUACUGACCCUGCACGACGGCCGCGACUUUGAAUAGGGCGAAUGCCUUGUACAGACUCCACACAGACGACGGGAACGCUGGCACACCUGCACAGAAUAGUGGCAGAAAGACGUGAAUAUGGCCGGUUGGCUGGCCUUGGUGUCCGCUGACCUCUCUGUUGGCAGUAAAUGGCCCGCAUGUCAUCCUCGGAAGGAAUUCCUGCAGCCAGGCAGGCAGGCAGGCAGACAACAUCCAUGUCUGCGUCCCCUCUGUCUGUCUGUCUGUCUGACCCCCACCUGUUUGCCGCAGUGCGUCUCCCCUGGCCCUCAGCGGUGGGAUGAACGCGUCGAGUACGUCCAGUGGUGGGAGGUAGUAGGCCAGGCACAGCUGGGCGAGGUCGGCCAGGGGGUCGCCGAUGGUGCACAGCUCCCAGUCCAACACUGCCACACACUGAUGGACAGACAAAGACACACACAUACUUGUGGGACGUGUGUGUGUGUGUGCUGUACCGUACCCACCUUGAGUGUGUGUGGGUGGAGGAUGAGAUUGUCCAAACGGUAGUCGCCAUGAACUGAAUGCCCAAUAAAUACAGAGAGGUCGACGAGUUAGUUACAUCCGUCCGUUUGCGCUUGUGCGUGUACCUACCUACCGAGUCGCCCCGACUCGACAGCGCUUUCUGAUCACACCACCGACAAACAAGGCCUUUCGUUACACGGCUCCGGGGCCCACAUCCAUCCAUACUGACCGUCAAGGUUUUGCACGCGCGUCUUGAGAAGGCCGAUAAGGCGUGUCAACUCUGGCAGUGUCUCGUUGUCCAGCUGUGAGCUCUCAACCUGACGAACCCACCGAGCCACCUGUCUGUGGAAAGAAAUAUCCCACACAGACGGCACAGAUUAAGUGAAGUCGUGCACUGCAGUGCAUCGUCCAAGGCGUUUGCACCGACCGACCUUUGCAGGUAGUGCUGUGGCUUCCCGAGGUCGGUGAGCCCAGCGGCCUUUAGGUCCACAUCGUGGAUGGCCGCCAGCGCACGGACGCUCUCUAUGUAGACGUGGCGGCGCUGACACGCCGACAGCCCGGGCAAGUUGGGGUCCGAUUGCACUCUGCCCUCCACAUACCUACACACACACAGUCACACACACAACAUUUAUGUGUUUGGUUGUGUCUGUUCUGUCCCGACCUCAUGAUAUAGAAGGCUGUUCCCGCGACGCUGUCGUCCUGGCAGAGUGCGAGCGGCUCAGCCACAGGCACACUGGCCCCGCUGGCAGGCGAGCUGAGGGCCCGCAACACUCGAUACUCACGCUCUACAUCGUGCGCACUGCAUCCGUGGCACACAACCAUCCAUCCCAUCAGUUUGUGGCCUCUGUGUGUGUCCCCACCCACCCACACAGACCUUCGCAGCAGAGGUCCCGGUGGUCGCCUGCGCAGCACCAUGUGCAGAGGGGGAGUGUUGUUGCCGUGAGUCAUGCGGCGCAGUACAUAUGUGAUGAGGUAUGUGGGGUUGGACUGCCCGUGGGGGAACUGGUGCACCAACACGCCUACGUACGUGCACACGCAGUACAGCACAGCACAUCCACAGCAACACGAAUGCGGUGCAUCACCGAAUGAAUGAAUGAAUCAGUGUCCUCCACUCCUUCCCCAGCAGCUGAGGUGACCUUCUGCGCUUUUGACGGAAGGGUCGUGUGGCAGCUCCUUCUUGAGGAAGGCCAGCAGCCGGUCGGCGGGCACCUCCAGCCCCUUCCGUGGGUUGACCACUCGCGGAAGGGUGGGCAUGCUGGCGCCGUUUGGCAAGAAGGAGAAGGCCUCCUGCAGUAUGCCGAAAGCUUCCGUGGGGCCGCCACGGACCUGAGACGACAGACAGACAGACAGACACAUGAUGCAUGGCAUGACUAUCUGCCAUGCCAGCAUACAUAAAAUGGUGUGUGUGUCUUGCCUUGCUCACACACGCACCUCACCUGUUUGCACGUGAUUCCCAGCGAUUCAGCCGCAGGCAAGUUGCCUGCACAGACAGACAGGAGAGAAGAAAACAGCUAUCUAUCUAUUCAUCCAAGCAUCAUCUUCCAACAUCCGCACGAACCGGGCAGGUCAUCCAGGAACAGACACGCCUCCAGAAACCUCCGCCUCAUGGGUCCCUCCUCCGGCACACCCAGCCGCCUCAGCGCCACCUCAAAGACUCCACACCCCUCGCCCCUGCCCUUGCGCAUCCCCUCCACAGCCGACUCCACCACCACAUCGAACAGAGGACGGAUGGACCAGGGAAAGGCGCUCUUGCUGCUGCGUGAGGUCAACAGGAAGUUGUUGGUGACAGCCCCUAGCAGGACACCGCGAGCACGGAGGUGCGCUAGAAGGAGCACUAGCUGAGGAUCUGGGGAGGGGGAGCCAAAACGAGGCAACAAGACGAUGGUGCUAUGGCCGGUGUGUGGUUGUGUGUCUGUCUGAGUGUGUCACCUACCUGGUUGCAGGGAGAUGAGCCUUCUGAACAGCGGCUGGAGGUCGAUGUUGUGCUGCUGUCGGACCUUGGCCAGAAAGUCUUCCAGAGUGAUGUUGCCGCUCUCAAGCUCAUGCCACAGAUCUGACAUCCAUGGACACGAGGACACACAAGACACCACACCCACCCACCCACAGAGGAACGAAGCAUUGCAGAUCUGCCUCAGAGCAUCGUCGAUUCAUUGGAUCUAUGCAAAUCAGAUCCGUGUGUGUCGGGAUGUUCAUUCACCGCUUUCUUUGAGCAGCCUUUGCAGCCGAUUCUCUCCCAGCCCGUUGGCCUUCUCGAACUCGCGGAAGAUGCCGAAAGGAGAGGGGCAUACCACACCGCCGAUAUCAAGCAACACACAGCCAUAACGCGUCAUGCUUCACCGUCUGAGCCUCUCAAAUCGUCACCAAACGCAGGAACAGAUCUCCCUGGGGUAGCGGAGUAGAGGCCUGG